UCUCUAAUACGACGUAGAACGUAUAUCACGUGUAGUUUUAAUACGAAAUAGCGAAAAGAUAAUAAAGAGUUCUAAAAAUUAGUCAUGCUAAAUACACUGAAUAGGCUCAGAAAUGCGUUAACGUAUACAAAUUUUAGACAAUUCAGCAAUGUGUAUCGUACUCAAUUUAAUUCAGAAUUUUCUAGCAGAUUAAAUCCAAACAAUUGCUUUAAACCUAACAUUAGAUUCUAUAGUUAUGAAGGAGAUGGAAAAACAGUUGCAAUAAUGAUAAACAAAGAAGCAGAAUCUAAUUUAAUGAUUGAUAGUUAUAGUAAUUUUGGUUUUCGAUUAAACAAUAAUUUAUUUGUACUUGGUCCAUUGGCUAUUUUUCCACGAUCUGUUUUACAAUGGAAUGUAAAAACUGUUGAUGAUAUAAAUGAAAAUUCUUUAUCACUUUUCUAUUUAUUAGAACCAAAAAUAGUUUUUUUACAGCAACAUGCUUGUAGUACUUACAAUUAUUUAACAGCUGAAAACAGAUGUAUUGCUGCAGCUUUAAUUCCACCAACAAUAAUAAAAUAUACAGAUGAAGAUAUUGUAGAAUCUCAAGCAAAACAGAAGUUACUUUAUGAGCAAGACUGGUGAACAUAGAAAUGAAAAUUAUUAAAUGUUGAGUUGUAAUGUUUAGAAUUUAUAUUUAUGAUGUAAAUAAAAGUUAUUUCUUGUUGA